AUGGAAUUAUCGUUUUUCUUUGCAUUUAAGGGUGGUUUAUCAUUGAAUCGUACAAACAAUAAAUUUGCUAAUAUGCCCGAUAUUAUGUGUAUAACUGAUACUUCAUUUAUCAUUCCAAGACAAAUCAAAGAUGUAAGAAAAGAAUUGAGACCAAAUUUUGAACGUGCUAAACGUAUUAUUCUUCGUAUGGAUGAAUGUAUCGUUUCAUCGGAAGAACAAAAUCCAACUAAACAAUUUUAUCAUCAUAACAUAUCACAUGGAUUACAUGCUUUAGCCGAAGCAGCUAAUAAACUAAAAAGAUUUGCUUUUCGUGAAGUACUCAGUAUUGAUGGAAUACUAAGAAUUAUUAGAACUGAUUCAAACGAAGAAGAAGAACAAGAACAAGAAGAUACGUCAGUAACUAGACUUUUUCGUCAUAAAGAAAACAUCGAUCCAAUAAUAAAUUUUCCAAUAACACACAAUCUUGUUGAAUUUGAACAAGCACUCGCUAAAUAUCACAUGGAUCUAUUAGAAAAACCAAUACAUAGAGCGUACGAUAUGGUUUAUUUAAAAUUUUGUUUGAUACUUGAAAUACAACGUGAUGAAUAUGAGAGUUGUUUGCGUUUGUUAUUACAUGAUAUUAUAUUUAAAUUUCAUUUAUCUGAUUUUCAUUUACGUUGUGAAGUACAUGUACGAAAACCAAUCGAACAUGAACUUGUUCUUGAAAAAUCGAUGCAUGAAUCACAUUUAACAACAAAUUAUUCAGCAGAAUUAAUUUUAUGGCCUGGAGAUUGGAUCAUUCAACAAGAAGUUGAAUUAUAUGUUGUAAUAAAAAUUGAAUCGCUACCAAUUAAUAAAUAUACAAGUUCGAAAUUUUGGGGCAUGGCACAUUUACAUGUUAAAAAUAUUCCACAUGGAGCAUCAAGAAUAUUUUUACGAGAACUUACACCUGUUAGUAGAUCACAUAAAAUAUCUACACAUGAUAUCAAUAUUGGUCAGGUCGAAAUUGAAGCUGCAUAUUGGCCAUCUCGACAACAACUAUCACUAACUAUUGUAAGAGUUAAUCAUUUGCAAUCUGAAAGAUUAUUAAUAGCGCCCGAAACAUAUAUUGAAAUUGUUUUUCAAAGUCCAUUUGAUAUUUACGAAACAAAACGAACAAAAGUAGCUGAUCGUUCAUUCAAUCCAAGAUUUGAUGAAGAAUUUCUUUUUCAAAUUCCAGAGACAAUAACUUUCAGCGAUACUACAAUUGAUUUAAUAUUUCUUGAAAAAUCUUCAUUACAUCAUCAUCCUGUUGUACUUGGUGUAUUAACAUUAUCAAAGCAUACUGAUUGGUUUCCUGUACGAAAAUUUUGGAUGGAUGUUGCAGAAAAUCCAGGCAUUAGACUUAAAGAUAGAUUUUUAUUCGAAGGAAGUAUUUAUGAUUAG